AAGGGCCUGAAUCUGAAUUUCGUUUUACACUUCGCUGGCCCGGGGUACAAAACCCUAGUUACCAGUUUGUGCCCUCGCAGCUUCAUAGUUGCAGGUUUCAGUUACGAUCUCGUAGAGCAUAGCAUAACAUUCUACUAUGGCUACUGUACCAGUUAAUCCCAAGCCUUUCUUGAAUAAUUUGACUGGGAAGCCAGUAAUUGUGAAACUCAAAUGGGGAAUAGAGUACAAGGGGUAUCUGGUUUCUGUUGAUUCGUAUAUGAACUUGCAGCUGGCAAACACUGAGGAGUACAUUGAGGGACAGUUUACUGGAAAUUUGGGAGAAAUUUUAAUCAGAUGUAACAAUGUUCUCUACUUUCGAGGAGUGCCAGAGGAUGAAGAAAUCGAAGAUGCAGCAGAAGACUAGACUGAUAGAAAUACUAAUUGUGAUGAGAAACAGAACUAACAUUCACCUGCUUUUGUAUCUUCGGUGUAUGUUUUUGUAGUUAUGUUUUUAAAUCAAUGAUGAUGCCCUCGUGAAUAUUGGGGUGCUUUAUGUGCAA